AUGACGGAAGAAUAUCUUAUAAUGAAUUCGAACAAUGGAAAAAUUGAUCUGAAUGGAGACGGCAUUCUUACACGCGAUGAAGCGAAACGUUAUGAAAAGGACGUAUCAAGUGGUAUUAUUGAUGGCAUUUUUGAGAUUGCUGAUACUAAUCGUGAUGGUAAAAUCACGAUGAGUGAAUUUAUAAAUGCAGCUGAGAGUCGUGCAAUUUAUGGAAAACCGAAAACACAGGAAGAACGGAAUGGAGAACUGGCCCAACGACUAAUUUCUUUAAUCGAUCAAAAUAGUGACCGACGGCUUAGCAUCCAGGAAAUUCACGCUUUUGCCAAUAUCAAUGCAAAGGUGUCGGAGGACGAUGUGCUAAGAGCUUUCACAUAUAUUGAUAUAAAUCGUGACGGAUGGUUAAAACUUGAUGAGCUUAUUCGAAUACCGAAUAAAAUGGCUGAAUUAGUUCAUUUCCAAGAAGCACCACUCGUUUUAUAA